AUGGCAAUUUACUCUUUUUGGAUCUUCGACAAGCAUUGUAAUUGUAUAUUUGAUAGAGAAUGGACAUUAACGACAAAUAGUACCAGUGGGACAACAAACUCGAAACAAAACCAAGAAACUGCCAAGUUGCUAUACGGUAUGAUAUACUCGUUACGGUCUAUUACACAGAAAUUAUCAAGGGGACUCAAUAAGAAUGAAAUGAGAAGUAUUUCUACUGGGAAAUAUAGGGUGCAUACUUAUUGUACGGCAUCGGGAUUAUGGUUUGUUCUAUUGAGUGAUUUCAAGCAGCAAUCAUAUUCACAAGUGCUGGAAUAUAUUUAUAGCAGCAUAUAUGUUACAUAUGUUGCUAAUAAUUUAUUUUCUCCAUAUGAUUUUGCUGAGAAUGAAGAUGAAAUGAGAGGCCAAGGAUUUAGGAAAAUUACAAAUAGACGAUUUAUUGAUUCGUUGGAGAAUUUCUUAUCACCAUUGGUAGGCCAGUAA